CAGCAGCAGCAGGAGGCCGUACGGAUGCAGUUGCUCCGGGAAGCCGCGUUGGCUCGCUGUCAAACGCGCUGAGCAGGAGGAGCAGAGCAGCACAGGUUGUUCCUAAAGUUGCAAGAAGAGGGACCGCAGCGUCCGCGGCCGGGUCCUACGCCGGUCCUCAGACGGCACCAUGGCCGCCGCCCACGAGGAAUCCAGGAACUUCAACGGCCUCUCGGAGCCCCCCAAGGAGAGCAUGCAGCUCAAGAAGGAGAUCUCGCUGCUCAACGGGGUCAGCCUGAUCGUGGGCAACAUGAUCGGCUCGGGCAUCUUCGUGUCCCCCAAGGGCGUGCUGAUCUACAGCGCCUCCUACGGGCUGUCGCUACUCAUCUGGGCCAUCGGGGGCCUGUUCUCUGUGGUGGGGGCCCUCUGCUACGCCGAGCUGGGCACCACCAUCACCAAAUCGGGGGCAUCGUACGCGUACAUCCUGGAGUCCUUCGGCGGCUUCAUCGCGUUCAUCCGCCUGUGGACGUCUCUGCUGAUCAUCGAGCCCACGAGCCAGGCCGUCAUAGCCAUCACGUUCGCCAACUACCUGGUGCAGCCGCUCUUUCCGACGUGCGAGCCGCCGUACGUGGCCUCCAGGGCCAUCGCCGCUGCCUGCAUAUGCCUACUGACAUUCAUAAACUCCGCCUACGUAAAGUGGGGCACCCGCGUGCAGGACGUUUUCACCUACGCCAAGGUGGCGGCCCUCAUCGUCAUCAUCAUUACCGGCAUCGUCAAGCUGUGCAAAGGUUACACUGCCAACUUUGAGUCGUCCUUUCAGGGGUCGUCCACCAACCCCGGGGACAUUGCACUGGCGCUCUACUCUGCCCUUUUCUCCUACUCCGGCUGGGACACCCUCAACUUUGUCACCGAGGAGAUCAAAAACCCAGAGAGGAACCUGCCCCUGGCCAUCGCCAUCUCCAUGCCCAUCGUCACCGUCAUCUACAUCCUCACCAACGUGGCCUACUACGCAGUGCUGGACGUCAGUGCCAUACUGGCCAGCGACGCCGUGGCAGUGACGUUUGCAGAUCACACUCUCGGCGUGAUGAGCUGGACCAUCCCCAUUGCUGUGGCUCUGUCCUGCUACGGAGGCCUGAACGCCUCCAUCAUAGCUGCGUCCAGGUUGUUCUUCGUAGGCUCUCGUGAGGGUCACCUUCCAGACGCCCUGUCCAUGAUCCACAUACAGAGAUUCACUCCGAUCCCCGCGCUGAUCUUCAAUUGCGUCAUGUCGCUGAUCUACCUGACCGUGGAGGACGUCUUCCAGCUCAUCAACUACUACAGCUUCAGCUACUGGUUCUUCAUGGGCCUGUCCAUCGCCGGACAGAUCUACCUCCGCUGGAAGGAGCCCGACAGACCCAGACCCCUCAAGCUGUCUCUGUUCUACCCGGUGGUGUUCUGCAUGUGCACUGUUUUCCUGGUAGCGGUUCCUCUCUACAGCGACACCCUCAACUCGCUGAUCGGCAUCGGCAUCGCCCUGUCGGGGGUCCCCGUCUACUUCCUGGGCGUCUAUCUGCCAGAGUCCAAGCGGCCGCCCUUCAUCACCAAGAUACUGCGUUCUCUGACCCACUCCACCCAGUACACCUGCUACUGCGUUCUGACAGAGAUGGACAAAAGUGAAUAGCAUCCAGCAUCCAAAAAGGAUUUGGUUGUACUGCUCACCACGUUGAAGCUCUCAGACUCCACUGACUUCGUUUACAACACUGAAAGAGCUGCUGCCUGCAGAUUUGAUCCUGGUAUUUAAAGACAUUCAAAGACUCCACCCGUACUGCUGCUCUGCACACUGUGGACACUGUUGACUCUUUCAGUUCUUUAAUGACCUCUCAUUGUAAAGGGUUUGCCUUGUUAGAUCUGCAGGUAAUUCCCAUAUAAGCCUUUAAACAGUACGUGCCUGUGAUUUACAAGGGGCUGCUCGUUACCGCAGGGACCUUUUUAUAAUAAGUACAUUUUUAUUGUGUGAAACCAAACAUAUUUUAAAUGAAAGACGCGUGCUGAGAACUGAAACAUUCAAUUCCUGCUGCUAUAUAAAGGCUUUUAAGUCAUCAUCUUAAUGUUAUUGCCUUUAGGUAUUAUUAAUGUCAUUGUCCUGAAGUUUUUUUUCUGGUUUUGUAUUUAAGGUGGGUUUACUGUCUGCUGAAUCCACUCUGCCCUGCAUCGUAGGAAGCUGUAGCCUUCCUGUUCUUUGUGUUUGCUUAAAUCUGUGUGCAACUUAA